AUGACAUCCCCAAACCUUGACGAUAUCGAAAACUUCGAUUUAUGCUUCGAUAACUUUGAUUUAUUCGCCGAUAUCAAUGAUCAAAACGAUAACGAUCGCGUUUUGCCUUUUUACAUUUCACCGUCAAUUGAUGAUUUACAUGAUCAGCAAACAGAUAGUACUACAGCUACUUCUCCGCAAGACGCUCCAAUAAAUCCAGAUUGGGAGUUUGAUCGUAACAAAACAGCGCAAACGUUAACGGUAGAUUCAAACAAUGAUCAAAACAUUAUGGUUAAAUCAACGGAUGUAGCAGAUCCUCCGAAUUUCUUAAAUGAUUCUCAACAACAAUGGAUUCAUAUUGAAUUCUCACCUGACCUGGCUGGUUUUUGGAAGUAUUGCCAGGAACAAGAGUACACUCCUUGGUUACGAAUCACGCGUGUAACUAUUGGCAAUACGAGUGUCAUCUGUCGCCAUCCAUAUCCGAUAUGGAUGAAAAAUAGUAGUGCAAAAAUCUAUGAUGGUUCGAUAUAUAUCCCGAUAACUAAUGGUGAUAUAUCAAAGGGAUAUAUUACAAUCGAGAAUUUAGUUAUGAUUAUUAUCAAACAAGAUAAGCUUGCAACAAUGAAUAAAUUUGCCAUUUACAAUCGAUCACAGUCUGUAUUCUUAGAAAAUUUUGAUACAAAUACUACCAAUGCAAAAACUAUGAUCAGCAACUUUAGUCUUUGUCACUCGAAACUCUCUUUUCAAAUAAUGACUACAGAUUCUAAUAACAUAGUGUAUCCAACAGAUUGUUAUUGUGAAACAAAAACAAUGACACAAUAUACAGGGAAUAAUAGCAAGAAAUUUAGUUCUGAAACGAAUGAACAAUCAUCGUCUAAAAAACGUAAAAGAAAUGAGGAACAAGAACCAUUAUUAACGGUAUGUUUUUAUUAAUAAUUAAUCCUACAAAAUAAUUUUCUUAUUUUAUACAAUAUUUAGAGAAAACCAAAGAAAAUCAAAUCAAGCUCGAAACCAUCUUUAUCAAUAAACAAAUCAGGCCAUACCUAAUCUUUAAGAAAUACAAAUUGUUAACCAACAUGCUCAACUUCAUCACCAUUCAUUAACAUUAUAAUCGAGAAAUGUACGAAUUAUUAACAACUUCUACUUUAUUUUAAUUAAUCUUGUUUCAACAUACAAUCAAUAUUUUUAUUCUUUUUGAAAUAAAUACUUUUACUAACAAAAAACC